AAAAAUAUUUACAAAAUAUUAACUUGUAGUUAGAACGAAAAAAAUUUCAAAAAAGGCCAAAAUUCGAUCAGAUUUAUAAGUUCAAGUUAUCUUCGAGGGAAUAGAGAAAUCACCUGAAACAUCUUGAGUGUUGAUAAACUUGUUUCCAUGGUAUUACUAUAGCUUGUAACUUACUUGACUUGCCAAGCAACCGGAAAAAUUUCCUUGUUCCUUGAAUUUUUUUGCUAUCUGUUAUUAUAUAAUAUCAUCUGAUCGACUUGAAUUAUCGUAGUAAAUUUUUGUUAUUUAAAUGUCACAACCACCGAUAUCAAACCCGGUGUUGCCAUUCAUUGGUUCACUCAAUCAAAUUCGUCCUGGCCUUUUAAUCAGAAUCCAAGGAAGAGUUAGCCCUUCAUCAAGAUGUUUUGCGAUCAAUUUACAAUGCGGACCAUCGGUUAACCCGAGAGAUGAUAUCGCACUUCACUUCAGUCCAGUAUUCAAUCCACCUCCUCGAGUAGUUCGUAAUUCUCUGCAAAGCGGCCGUUGGGGUCCUGAAGAAAGUCAUGGAUCUUUUUUCCCAUUUACCGCCAAUGAAGCUUAUGAAAUAAUUAUUCUAGUUGAGAAUGACGACUUCAAGAUUGCUGUUAACGGAGUUCACUUUACUGAAUUUCGACAUAGAAUGUCAAUACAUAGAAUAAGCCAUAUUUCUAUUGAUGGUGAUACAAGCAUAGGCCGCAUUGCUUUUGAAGAAAAUCCUUUACCCUCGGCACCUCCCAUGGGCCCUGAAGUCCCAUACCCUUCUGGUUCAGCAGGAAUGCCUCCUUAUCCUUCUGGGCCAUCUGGCAGCGCUUUACCUUAUCCAACAGGAGCUUCAGCCGCUAUGCCGCCUUAUCCUCCAACUUCAACUCCUUUUCCACCCACCUCUGCUUACCCACCCGGUCCAGCACCUUACCCUCAGUCAGGUCCAGCAGGAUAUCCACCAACAGGUGGUACUAUGGUAAUGCCUGGACAUUCUGGACCUAGUGGGCCCUAUGGACCACCACCGUCAUCUUAUCCAGCACCACCAACUCAAGGAAGCUUUCCAAAUCAGGCGGGAUAUCCAACUCAAGGGGGAUACCCAACUCAAGGAGGAUACCCAACGCAACCAGGCCAAGCUUAUCCUGGCCAAGGACAAGGUUAUCCUGGUCAAAGUGGCUAUCCAUAUCCUCAGAAACAUAGUGGAGGCAUGUCAGCAGCAUUGACAGGAGCCGCAACAGCACUCGGAGCUGGCUCGCUGUUAGGGGCUGGAUCAAAAUAUCUUUCUGGUGGUCACAAAAAAUCAUCACCAAUACCAAUCGGAGGUAUAGCUGCUGGUAUCGGUGCUGCAGCUUUAGGAGCUGCUGUUAUGCAUAAACCUAUGAAGAAACUGAAAAAACUUUACAAACAUAAAUUCAAAGGUCCCAAAUUUUUCAAACACAAGUUUCAUAAAUUUCAUGGCUUUAAACACAAAGGAUGGAGCAGUAGUUCAUCAAGUGAUUAAACCGCAAAUCAAUAACACUUAAAUUUUUAAUCAACGGAGUUUUUUAUAAGUAAUUUUCAAAGCUGUAAUCAAGAACAUAAACCUUUUGUCGCUUGAAUAUCUCAACUCAUUACUACAGUGCAGGCAACAUUAUAAAAGUCGAAUCCAAAUCGCCAAGAUUAUAACAGAACUUGUAGGCAAUAAGAUUGUCAAUUUUUACUGAUUCUUGCUUAAAAGACUAUCAAUUUAUCAAAAAUAUAAUAAUAUGAUUGAAAAAUAAU